AUGCGCCACCUCCUCGUACUCGGAGUCAUCGCGGCGGACAUCCUCCUUGUCUCGGACGGUUUUAUCUUGAAGGACGAUGAUGUUAUACCUAUUUUUCCCGACUUUCCUGCCCCGUUUAUCCCGACGCUUGGGGUCAUAGCGGCCAAUGGGUUGAUGCCUCUGUUCAGGGCGACGCUGUAUGCAUUGGAGACUGCCUUCCUCAUCGCGGUGUUCGUAACAGGAGGCCAAGAACGCCGGAGGAGAUCCACCUCAGAAGAAUCAGCGAAUCCCGAAUCCUUCCUGCUCGCCGUUGUCAGCCGCCUGGACACUCACGGCUGCGUCCUCAAGUUCCUGUGUCAGCUGCAGGCCGAAUCCCCCGACGCGCUCUCGGCCGACGAAAGGUUUCUCGCCGAAGUGUUUGGCGACCAUCUCGAGGUUCUCGCCAAGGACAACGGCGUCGCGGAGGGAUAUGGCGGCGAUGGCCAAGGGCGGGACGGGGCUCCGUGCGGCGCCCCGGCUGAUCGGUGUCCGUUCGGAGGAACUCUGCUGAGGAGUCUGUGGCGCCGCGUCUGGGAGGUCUAAGGGUAUAAGUGUAAGGUCUUGAGGAUGUGAACUUUAUUUUUUGUACUUAAUCAUAAUUGUGAACUAGAUCGAAAUGCACAUUCCGUAAAAUUUAAUGAUUACGACCAAUAAAGUUCCA